AUGGUGCUUGAUAUACAGCUGUUUCGAGACGAGACGGGUGCAAAUAUCAUACGCGAGUCGCAGCGCCGCCGUUUUGCCGAUCCUGACAUUGUUGACGCUAUUAUAGAGGCGGACAAAAAAUGGCGCCGCACCCAGUUCCUCACUGAGGCCAGUAAGAAGCUGAUCAACAUCUGCAGCAAAGCUGUGGGAGCAAAAAAGAAAGCAAAGGAAGCCGAUGGUGAUACGUCUGAGAUCCCACCGCAAGUGAAGGAGGCGUAUGAAAAUGGGACGCUGAAGGGGGAACAGGUCGAGCAGCUUUGCGUCCUGCAGCUGAAACAGUUGUCGAAGGACCUGUCGGAUCAAGUGGCUGGCCUCGCAAAAGAAGCACAACAGCUGGAAGAGGAGCGGGACAAACUCAUGCUUAACGUGGGUAACAUUUUGCAUGAGUCAGUGCCAAUAGCACAGGAUGAAGAAACUGGUAACACUGUGGUGCGCACCUUCGGGAAUACGACGAAGCGGGCAAAGCUUAAUCAUGUGUCAAUUAUGGAGCGACUUGGUAUGAUGGACACCUCAAAGGCAGUUACCUCAAUGGCAGGUGGCCGUUCUUACGUGUUGAAGGGCGGACUCGUUCAGCUGCAGGUGGCUCUCGUAUCGUACAGUCUUGAUUUUCUCGUCAAGCGGGGCUACACACCAUUCUAUCCUCCCUUUUUCUUGAACAGGGACGUCAUGGGCGAGGUGGCGCAGCUUUCCCAAUUUGACGAGGAGCUAUACCAGGUAUCUGGGGACGGAGACAAAAAGUAUUUGAUCGCCACCAGCGAGAUGCCAAUCGCCGCGUACCACCGGGGAAGGUGGUUCACGGAGCUUAAGGAACCCUUGAAAUACGCCGGAAUGUCCACGUGUUUCCGAAAGGAAGCUGGCGCUCAUGGACGUGACACUCUCGGUAUUUUCCGAGUGCACCAAUUUGAUAAAAUAGAGCAGUUUGUCGUGUGCUCACCUCGGCAGGAGGAGUCGUGGCGCCACUUAGAGGAUAUGAUUACAACCUCUGAGGAAUUUAACAAGAGCCUCGGCCUGCCAUACCGCGUCGUUAACAUUUGCUCCGGUGCUUUGAACAACGCCGCAGCAAAGAAGUACGAUUUGGAGGCUUGGUUCCCUGCGUCUGGGGCGUUCCGUGAGCUAGUGUCAUGUUCCAAUUGCACCGACUACCAGUCACAAAGCGUGAAUUGCCGUUAUGGACCAAACCUGCGUGGUACAGCCGCUCAGAAUGUGAAGGAGUACUGUCACAUGCUGAAUGGCACUCUGUGUGCUAUUACACGCACUAUGUGCUGUAUUUGCGAGAACUAUCAGACGGAGGAAGGUGUUGUUAUACCCGAUGUACUCCGCCCGUACAUGAUGGGAAUUGAGAUGAUAAGGUUUGAGAACAACGCUCAGGCGGAGGGAACGACACCCGACAAGGGGGAGUGA